AUGUCGUCGCCUUUGGAUGCAGCGGGGCUAGCCAUUGCCACUACCGAGCUUUGCCGUAACCUAGCUACUGGGCUUUACUUUAUCAUUCGGGAAAUUAGAGACGCCAGUAAGGAUGCUGAGAUAAUGCAAGACACUCUUGCUGCUCUUCAUACUCGCCUUGACCAGGUCCGGGCAUUGUUUGAUGCAAACGUACCGCAAUCACCGUUAGAGAAAGACUAUCGUAAUUCAAUUGACAGGACUCUUGAGAACAUCCACCGAGACCUCUCUUUACUAACUAGCAAGCUUCAUAUUGACGUAAUACUGGAGGCAAAGGGAUCCAAAAGGCUUGAGGCUUGGUAUGUUCUUCAAAGAAAGUUCCAAAGCGAUGACAUUAGGAAUAUCAAGCAACGGCUUGCUGGCUCCGAAGAGCUUCUGCAGUCACACUUCGAGAUGCUGUCAAUCUACAUCAGUUACAGGACGCGAGAUGAAGUCACCGAUUUCAAGGCCUUCGUGAGACCAAUCCUCGAAAAGCUGCUCUUUCACGCAACACUCACGGAGGAGCGUCAAAGGUACCAAGCCGCUGAGUCACGUUCCAUCAAACGACUGCAACAUGUCACAAAUGCACUUGGCACCGGCAACACCUUUCCUGGAGAGGAAUCUGACUUUGAGUACCAUGAUGCAUUCAAGACAUGGAAGGACAAAUCUGAGGCCAUGAUCAUGUCAAUUGCUGAUCCACCGUGGCAUCAAGUAUCAAACUCGAACUACGUCCCAUCUAUUCGGAAUGAGAGCCGCGACGGUGCAAGCAUUUUACCUACUGUUCGCGAUUUCAGAGAAAAGAAUGGAAUGUACCCAUCCUUGAGAGUUACCCCGAAUCUUUCGCAUGUCGAGGAGAUACUGGAUGAGUCUCUCCACCAAGACGUGACAGAAGAUCUUAUCAAUUGGUGCAAAGAACAAGGUUUUCCCGUCAAUGUUUCCAAUUUCAGGUACGAUCUCAUCUGGGAGGCGGCUCCCGUCGCGCUCAAAGGUACUUCACCUAUGCAUCAAGCUAUCAAGACAAACAAUAUGGUUGUGUUGGAGAAGAUGUUAUCCAGGGACUGCAAUAUCGAGGUGCGUUUGGAAGACGGGAGCCAGGACCCAACGCCCUUGCUACUGGCAGGUUCUGAGCUGAACGCCGUUGCGGUCAAGCUCCUUCUUACCAAAGGUGCGAAGGCUGAUGCGACCGAUCGUACGGGUAAGACAGGUCUUCACUUGUGCCAGAGUCCGAAAUUUGAGGGAAGACGCGUCGCAAAGCUUCUUCUCGGUGACUCAAGGGCUGAGGCCCUGGAUGUCAAUGCCCAAGAUCAAUUUGGCAUGACUGCCGCACACAUAGCUGCUCGAGUUGGAGAUGUGAAAAUGCUGGAGUACCUGUUGCUAGAUCAAUAUGGCAAAAAGGUUGCUGACGCAAACGCACAGCAGCAAGAUGGGUCGACGCCACUAAUGGUCGCCCUGAAAUCCAACAUAGCCAACAAGAAACAAGUCAUCGAUGUGCUAUCAAGAUGUAGCGACUUGAGCAUCAAGAACAAGAACGGGGAAGAUGCCAAGGAAGUGGCUGCGAAACAUAGCCCAAAAGACGUUCGCAAGUACUUGCUCGCUCACUUGGAUCAAGACAGCACAAGGUCUCGGCGGAUAAGCGAAUCUACAACGGUUGUCUCGGGGAUAUCAGUACAAAUGAGGGAGGAGUCAUGCAGUGGCUGUAGGCGACACUGUCCUCAAUUUACGGAUUGCAAGCUCAGUAUCGGGGAUUCGGCGUUUUCGCAGGAUUGGAAAAGGUCACUGAGAAAGUACUCAAGUGAUCAGUCUAGUAUAGCAAUGGGCAGUAGUUCAAGUAUACGGCAGGCUCGAUAA